AUGUGUCCAGACAUACUGGAAUUGCUCCUUAAGUUCCGUCAAAAUCGAAUUGCGUUUACAGCUGACAUCGAACAAGCAUUCUUGCAGAUUUCUCUUGCUGAUGAAGACAGAAACGCAGUCAAGUUUCUAUGGAACGAUGGUGAAUUAAAUGGAACCAAAAUAAAGGCUCUUCGUAUGACAAGGGUAAUUUUUGGAGCAACAUCUAGUCCGUUUCUUCUCAGAGCAACUCUUAAUGUACAUGUUGACAAAUACAAGUUACAGUAUCCGAACGUAUUUUCCAUGCUAACUGAAAAUAUGUAUGUUGACGAUUUAAUCGCUGGAGCAGAUGAAGAAUCAGAAGCAUUCGAGGAAUCGGAACAUAUUAAACGCAUACUGAAAGAAGGUGGAUUUAACAUGCGGAAGUGGAAAACGAAUGAAACGAAUUUACAAAGGGUAUGGAAUGAAGAAGAUUUUUCACACGAUUCGACUUGUUCUAAAGUAUUGGGAUACAUAUGGAAUAGAUCAAAUGAUACAUUUUUGAUAGAAAUUGAAGAGUUGGUAAAAGAUGCCAAAAGGAUAGAUAACAUACCAACUAAAAGGGAAAUCUUGAGAUUUGUAGGAUGUUUCUUUGAUCCACUGGGGUUUUAA